GGUGAGUUUAAGAAAUUCAUUCAGAGUCAUCAACUUGUCAAAGGAGUAAAAUGCUAAUCUGUGUUUUUUGAGUGUUUUUCCUUUGAAAAUAGUGUUUAAUCUAACUGAAAAUGUCUUAUCCACUAUCUGUGAACAUCUCCGUGGAGGCUCCAAUUGAAAACCAGAUCCAGGAAAUACAGUACGACGGCACAGAGAUUUAUCAACCGCCGUUGACUUUGUCUGAAAAUCUUUCAAAAUGCGCCGCCCGGAUUGACUUUGCCAAGUCUGCCAAUGAGCCUGAGGUGACGGUGAAGAAGGAGGAACCGGACAAGAAGGAGGAAGAUCCCAAGGAUCCUCAAUUUCAGUCGAGCCUCUGGCCAUGGGAUUCGGUAAGGAAUAAAUUGAGAGAUGCAUAUACUGAGGUUUGUGUGCUGUCGGAUGUAUUGGCAAUUGCCAAAGAGAAGCGUUAUAUGGUGUUGGAUCCUGUGCCACAGGAACCAUCUGACACCAAGCCCAUUGUCCAGGUUUAUGCCCGGAAGAAGGCACUGGCCAAUGCGGCAAAUAUUUUACUGAGUGGGGCUGAUCGAUUGAGAAAUACUCACAGUGAACAGAGGAAUAAUCGGAAUUCCAGUGACUUUCACAUUGAAUUGUUGCGAUUGAGGCAAAACUGGCGCUUGAAGAAGGUGUCCAAUUCGAUUAUUGGGGAUUUGAGUUACCGGACAGCUGGGUCAAAAUUCAUGCAUUCGGGAAUGUUUGAGGUCACCAAGGCUGAAGAUGAUCCCAGUGGGGGAACAUCUCCGCCUGGUAGCCCUUCGCCCUCCAAUGCUUUGCCCAGUCCCAAGAAUUCAGCCCUGAGAGUCAAUGUUCCGUCUGAACUUCAGGGAGUGGCAUACAUUAAGGUCAUUACGCAGAAGGAUCAGGAGGAUCUCUGCACGGCAACGGUGAAUUUGCUUGGGCAUGGGCCAAAUAUCACGCAGCAGGUAGGUAUCUGGCAGAAAACAUUGGAAUUUGCCCAGAAUGUCCUGUUCUGCAAGGAGCUGUUCAAUCAAUUGGCCAAGGAAGCUGUACAGCUUCAAGCCCCUAUCCCUCAUGUUGUUGUAGGCAAUCAGAUCCGUGCUACUCUCCUGCCCGGAAUUCAGCUUAUCAUUAGCCUCUGUCACUCAACUUCCUUCGAUGCCUCCAAUUCCGGACCGAUCAAUGAUCAUGAUCAUGUCCUCGAACACUCCCUGCAUCAGUUACUGCGCGAAGUCCACUAUCGCAAUACCCAUCAUCCCUUUCCCCAUCCCGCCAGCGGACCCCUGGGACCCAGCAAGAAGCGAAUGCUGGCCGGUCCUACGGCCGCCGAUCGCUACGAACUCCUCGAGAUGACCAAGAGCCAAACACUCCUGGAGCAGAUUAUCGCCCAGGCUCAGCACAUUUUCAUGCGCAAACGCACCCAAUAUGUCCUGGACACAUUGGCCAGGGACGUCAAAGAUCCCCAAAUAAUCUCCCACUGGAAUGCCAUGAAUAGCCCAACCAUGUCCUGUGUCAAGAUCAAAAUCAUCACUCACGGCUACGACACAGUCUAUCGCACAUCCCUGCUCAUCCAUGUCAAGGAGCGCUCCCUCAAAUGCAUCUGUCGCGACGGCAGAGUCAUGCACAUGAGCUAUGAGCCGCAGGAAUUGCGAGAUCUCAUUCUCUGUCAGAUAAAUCGCCACCAGAUGUCAGGCUUACUGAAUGUGGCCAGAUGUAUGGCCUGGCAGACGCUGUCCAACAGCAAUCACCUGGGCAUUGGAUCAGUUGAACCCCUUGGGAAUGCCAGUUCUUGCCUCCUGGCAUCACCCAAUGGCGAUCGCCUGAUUGCCGUGCAGAUUCGCUGCGAUCCACAAAUUGACGUCAAAGUCUACAUAGCACAGACACCACGUAAGGACUUCUUCCCCGGACCACUGGUCCAAGGGAAGUACUGGGAACACUUGGGAGGACACUUCAAGGAGGUGCGCUUUGACAAAUUGGAAGGGAAGAAUUUUCUCAAUAAAAUGGAAUUCCUAAUGGCUAGCAUGUCCAGUUCUUAAGCAUCCUCAGCUUCUCAAUCUUGUGUUUUUUUUUAAGACUAAAUCAAAUUUAAAUUUCGCAAUAAAUUGAUUUUUUGAAGAUUUGAAAUUAUAAAUC